AGAGAGAGAGAGAGAGAGAGAGGGAGAGAGCAUGUGAAGGAGAGAGUUAGACGGAGAUGUAUAUUCUCAGCCUGUGUCAGAGAGCUUGGUCGUAUCAGAAUAGCACAGGACGGUCCUGGUCCAAAGUCUGUUUCGGAGUGUGGGCCGGACAGUAUGUCGGAUUCUGAAGCCAAAGUGAACUCCAAAAAAGCUGGCAUUCGGGCUGCUGUCAUUCUGAUUGGACUACUGCACAAGUCCAGACGGCAGAAGGAGAAAGAGAGGGACAAGGAGCGGAAACAAGAGCUGCUGACCAUCUCCAGUGUGCCUCUAGGAGAAUGUCCACCCUCACCUCCCCGCACUGCACCACCCACCAUGAAGUCGGCAGAGUUCUUCGACAUGCUGGAAAAGAUGCAGAGUCCCAAAACCGAGGAGACUAAGAAAUACAAGGUUUGGCUGGUAUUCUGAAUGUGUGUAUGCGUAUAUUGUGUCUGUAAGUGCAUGUUUGUGAGUGGGGUCUUUUCUUCUUCAUUAAUAUUCUGACAAACAUCAGCCACAGUCUUGAGUUCUACAGCAUCAAUCAACAUCAAUCAUUUUGAAGUACUUUUUACAUUUAGUGAUGUAAAGGUCAGCGAUGAUGGCCUUCAGAUGAUGCCAGAGAGUCCAAAAGCAGACUAAAAAACCUUUAUAUAUGAUUAUUGGAAUGCAAGCUGAGAAUAAUCAGAUUUUCUUGCUGCUGCCAUUAUUUUGAUUUUUUUUUUAAUCAGUCCUAUUCUGGUGUAGAUAUUAUUCCUCUAUCCUGCUCUUGGGAUUUUUCAUUGCAAUAAACACACUGUGAUACACUGAACAAAAUUAUAAACGCAACACUUUUGUUUUUGCCCCCAUUUUUCA